UAGGCCCAUAACUUGAACAAGCAACUUGUGCGGACGUACUUCCGCGCCGGAUUUUCGUCUUCAGCUUGACGACUGAGAAUACAUCAUUUAGGCCUGGAGUCGUGGAGAUUCACACAAAAGGGAAGUUGAAGAAGUUCCAAUCCUCGUAGGCAUUUGAACGCUCUUCAGAGAUGGAUGCGGGAAGUGCAAAUGAUGAUGCAGAUGGCGAAACUGAGGAGCAGGCAUUUUCUGAUAGCAGCGAUCAUCAGCAAUGUGAAGAAGACAAUGAUGUCUUGGAGGUUGUCACCGCCUUUGCCGAUUUCCAGCCCACGGAUGACAGUCAGCUUCGCUUGCAAAUAGGUGACGAGCUGGCCAUUAUCUCAAAGAGCAGUGCUGAUUGGUGGUGGGCUCGAAAAGGGGAGUGCACUGGCUAUGUGCCGACCAAUCACAUAACUUCGCUUUCAGACGAGGGGGGAGGUUGGCAAGACGGCGAAUAUUUCAGUAGCUACAACACAAUGAAGUUACAUCUUGAGAUGUUGCAGGACAAGCCCAGAAACACUGCCUACUGUACAGCCUUUCAGCAGAACCAGCAUCGCAUUCAAGGAAAGGUCGUCUUGGACAUUGGCUGUGGUACAGGAAUUCUCAGCAUGUUUGCAGUCAAGCAAGGCCAAGCAGCUCAGGUCUUUGCUGUGGAAGCAAGCGAGUUUGCCAAGCAAACCCAAGCUCUUGUUGAUGCCAACGGUAUGUCCGACUCCAUUCACGUACUGGAGGGAAAGGUGGAGUCGGUAGAGCUCCCACAACAAGUGGAUUUGAUCGUCUCAGAGUGGAUGGGAACAUUCCUGCUGUUUGAGUGGAUGAUUGAGUCUGUCAUCUUAGCCCGCGACCGAUGGUUGAAGGAAGACGGCGUCAUAUGGCCCUCCCAUGCCGCUUUAUACUUUGUGCCUUGCUCUGCCGAGGAACUCUACCAGAGCAAAGUUGGAUUCUGGGAAUCUGUUCAUGGCUUUGAUUUCUCAUCUUUAGUACCACUUGCAAAGGAAGAGUUUUUCCACACACCAUUGUACAAUCACAUCAUGAAACAGGAAGACUGCCUAUCACUGCCCCAACGAAUAUUACAACUUGACAUGAAGACGGUCACCGGAAGCGAAUUAGAGGAAGUCACACAUCAAUUUAAUUACACAGUGAGCAAGGCUGGUACCCUGCACGGUUUUGCCUCCUGGUUCCAAGUGGACUUUGCCGGCUACCCGUCUAACAACUCCAAGCCCUGCAUUUCCCUCAACACUGGGCCAGACUACCCGCUGACACAUUGGAAACACACCUUGUUCAUGAUGGAUUCACCGAUCACUGUAGAACAAGGAGACAGAAUCGAAGGAGCUGUAAUAAUUCAAAGGAACAAAGUCUGGCGGCGGCAUAUGAGAGUCAACUUAGAGUACAGUGUUACAUCCACCAAUACCAAUGACAUUCAGUCCUUUGCAAAGCUGUUCCCUAUCUGGAGGUAGCAUGGCACCGUCCUGGCUACUGCAAGAUGAAAGCAUCCCCAACAGCUUCCACUGAGUUUGGCAACCAUUUAUGUAUGAAUAUUCAACAGACUUCUCACAGAAAACCAUGUGUCUUCUGGAGGUAGAGACUUGAAAUUGAUAUCUAAUGCGGGUGUGUUGGAUCUUUAUAAAUUAGGGUAAGUGCAAUGAUUGCCAAAGUGUGCUGGUCAAAUUAUAUGAAGUCGUACAUCUGUACUUUUUAUAUGAAUUUUAAGUGGAUAUCUUGUUUUGGCAAAAUAUGAUUCUAUCUGAAACAUCCAGAGCUUUAAGAAAUGUUUGCACUGAAAUGAAAUCAGGACUCUUAACAGAAAAAAAGGUGUUGGAUGUAAAAUGCAGAGAGACGUAUCCUCAGCCAUUUCGUAAUCAGAGAAGUGCAGAAAAUAAUGCAAAGGUGCAGCUUUCUAAUUCUACUGAAAAAUUUGUGGACAUUCCAGCAGUAAGAUAAUUGUAAUUUAAAGGUUUUGCUGUGAUUCUGUUGAAUGAGUGGUUCUGUGAGGCCACACUUCUGGCAGGCGGACAAUGCAUGUUAAAAAAGGACGAAAAAUUUCUCCAACAUGUCCAGUACUGGAAAAUGGUCCUUUAUACCCAGAAAAGAGGAAACGGAUAGCCUUAUUCUUUCUUCCUUUUUUGUAGCAAUUUGGGCAAAAGGUAAAGCAUAAUUAGGCAUCCAUAACAGAUUAUCAACAGGUUUUUUCAACUAUUUAAAAAGGUGCAAUAUUUCUCCAAUCUGCAGCGAAAAAAUACAUCAAACAUUUUGAAAUAGUUGGUGCAAGGUUCCAUCAAGUAGAGUGCCAAGGGUUAUGGUUUGUGAUUGACUUACAGUAGCAGAUUGCUGGAAAAAGCCAAUCUUGAGAUAAGAGUGCCGAAAAUUCACUACUCAAAGGAAGUUCAGGACCACUUUUACUUUGUGUAUACUUCUUUUACAUGAGAUAUUUUUCUGCUGAAAAUGUACAUUUGAUGUUUUGAAACACUUGUUUGAUUUUCUAUUCCAAUGAGAACACCAUCUAGACAAAAAAUGCAAGAACUAGACCCCACUCAGUGCUUGGAAAAAAAUUAUAAGUUAACAAAAAAUUGGUGCGUAACUUUUUUUGAGUAGUGUAGGUGUGUCUCAGGAUGAAGCCUAACUUGAUUGUGAAAUCUUCCACAUUUUUGCCAUUGAAGUAUUUCCAAUAAGACAUGGCAGUUCUGUACCUCAA